ACACAUGGUGUGAUGAAGAUGAUGCUGGUGGUUCUGUUGGCCGUCUGUCUGAACUCAGCUUUGGCUGCAAAGCUGGGUGUGGUGCAGACCGAGGGCGGCCUGGUGGAAGGAGAGAGCAUCAGAAUGAGUCUUUUCAGGACUGUUGACGUCUUCAAAGGUGUUCCCUUCGCUGAUGUCCCGGGAAAGUGGGAGAAACCCAAACCCCACCCGGGGUGGGACGGGGUCCUGAGGGCUACAAAGUAUCGAGAUCGAUGCUUGCAGGUGACGCUGCUGCAGACAAAAACCCACGGCAGCGAGAAUUGCCUUUAUCUGAACAUCUUUGUUCCCCAGGGGCUAUCCUUGUCCACCAACCUUCCAGUGAUGGUCUAUCUGUUUGGAGGAGCAUUUCUGCUGGGGGCGUCCAACGAUGUGGCCAUUCUUGGAGACUCUCUUUAUGAUGGCAAGGAGCUGGCUGACAGGGGGGACGUCAUCGUCGUCACUGUGAACUACAGAGUCGGCACUCUGGGUUUUCUCAGUACCGGAGAUGACCGACUGCCAGGUAACUAUGGUUUGUGGGACCAGCAUGCUGCCAUAUCCUGGAUCCGCAGGAACAUUGCAGCGUUCGGAGGGCACCCCGACAACCUUACCAUCUUUGGCCAAUCAGCUGGAGCUGCCAGUGUUAGUUACCAGAUGAUCUCUCCGUACAGCAAAGGAUUGUUUCGAAGAGCCAUCAGUCAGUGCGGUGUGGCCCUCAGUCCCUGGGCACUCCAGAGAAACCCCCUCAAAGUCACCAAGAAGAUCGCUCGGAAAGUCGGCUGCUCAAACACCAACGUGGACGAGAUGAUAGCCUGCCUGAAGGGUAGCAAUCCUGUUGAUCUAACUCUGGCAGGAAAAAUCGACGUUCUACUUAUUCUGGGAAAAGCAGGUGUGGUGAUGGACCUUCUUCAACUCGCUCCAGUCAUCGACGGCGAUUUCAUCCCCAACGAGCCAAGUGAGCUUUUUCACAACGCGGCUCAAUUUGAUUACUUAGCUGGCAUCAACAGUAUGGAUGGACACUUUUUUGCCGGAGUCGAUGUUCCAUCCAUCAACCUUGGAAAUGCAAAUACUACGGCAGAUCACGUGAAGGGUCUGCUGGCUGGUCUGACCAAGGAGAAGGGGGACGCCGCCAUCCCCUCUGCCUUCAGUGUCUACUCCACUCACUGGGGUUCGUUUCCACCGCCAGACGUGGUGAAGAAGACUGCGACUGAUAUUGAGACAGAUUUCCUUUUCCUGGUCCCAACUCAGGCGGCCCUUCAGCUUCACACAAACUACUCAAGCGGCGCCCGUACCUACUCUUACCUGUUUAACAUGAAGACACGGAUCCCCGGGUUUCCGUGGUGGGUGGAGGCCAAUCACGCCGAGGAUUUGCAGUAUCUCUUUGGUAAACCGUUCUCCACCCCGCUGGGCUAUGCCCCCCGUCAUCGAGACCUCUCCCAGUACAUGAUUUCCUACUGGACCAACUUCGCCAAGACCGGUGAUCCCAAUAGUGGAAACAGCAGAGUCCCAGUACCUUGGCCCCCCUUCACCAGAAACCACCAUCCUUACCUGAUUAUCAACAACAACAUGUCUAAGUCCUCCGUCAGCUAUGACCUGAGAUCUUAUUAUGUCAACUACUGGACUCAAACCUACAGCAGCCUGCAGAAGAAGACUGGGAAAGAGUUCAGCCAACGCUCUGUCUGAAGUGUCUGUUGGUUUUGCACAUUUUUGAAACAGCAUUAAUUGUAAACAAUGGAAAAUUGAAAUAAUAAAUAAUGAUGAAAUCUUC